AUGAUAGGAACAAAAUUUCUGAUUAUUGCUGAUCCAACACAUCCAAAUAUUGAUCUUGUACUUCGACGUACUUACGAUGUUUAUAGUGAUUACGUUAUGAAAAAUCCUUUUUAUACACCAGAAAUGCCAAUUCGUAGUGAAUUGUUUGAUACAAAUAUAGUCAAAUUGAUUAAGCAAGUUGGGGAUUUAGAUGAAAUAAUAGAAUAG